UCCGGGCGGCCCUUCCGGUGGCGCCUGCGCACUCCGCGCCUCCGCGACCUGCCCGCCGCCGGUACGGCAGCCGUGUCCCGCGCGUGUGUCCCCGUGUCCCUCCGUCCCUCGCCAUGUACGCCUGUGCAAAGUUCGUCUCCGCUCCCGCGCUAGUGAGGAGGAGCUCGCGGGUGCUGUGCCAGCCCCUCUCUGCCUCCGUGCUGAGCAUCCCCGAGGCCCGGACGGAGCAGGCGCGGCCGGGCGCCCCCCGGGCCAUCCAGACCAGCGCUGCCCACCGGGACAUCGACACCGCCGCCAAGUUCAUCGGCGCCGGCGCCGCCACCGUGGGGGUGGCCGGCUCCGGCGCUGGCAUCGGCACCGUCUUCGGCAGCCUCAUCAUCGGCUACGCCAGGAACCCCUCGCUGAAACAGCAGCUCUUCUCCUACGCCAUCUUGGGCUUUGCCCUCUCCGAGGCCAUGGGGCUCUUCUGCCUGAUGGUGGCCUUCCUUAUCCUCUUCGCCAUGUGACGGAGCCGGUGACAGUGACAGUGGCAGCGCCAGCACCCCCCACUGUGCCCCGUUCCUCGCCCGGCUCGGGGACGGGGGAGACCCCCAGCCCUGCCACGGGCGGGAGGGGAAUAAAGACGGUUUGAUAACGGG